GAGGCAGAGGAGUGAGGAAGAAGGUGGAAAAAAAAACAAAAAUACUUGGAGCACAGCGGCCAUCUUGCUUCUGCUCGGUCCGGCUGGGAGAGAGUGGGAGUGAGGACGGAGAGGAACCCCGACGGGGAGGAACCAACCGCGGGUGCUUGUAUUCACUCAGUCCGGGAUCAUUACCGACACACACCGGUUUUCCCUCCUCGGUCUCCCGUUAAAGCUGCGGAGCUAACGGCUAGCCGAGGGAGCUAGCUGCUGUGUGACCGAGCUGUGGUCGUCAGCGGCGGGUUGAGGACGGCAGCUCUACCCGGUGACACUGCGGCUGCUGGCGGAGGGUCGGAGCAGCUCCCUGUGUGCUCAUUAUAUAUAAAUAUAUAUAUAUUAUUAUUAUUAUUAUAUAUAUAUAUAUAUAUAUAUGUAUAUAGUAUCCGGAGCACGGUUUCAUACAGAAAAGCAGCAGACUGCAGGCGGAAAUAAACUCAAUCAAUCAAUCAAAAGCUAAUCGAUGGAAAUGUUCGAUGUCAGCUGCUGUUGACAUUAACCGUGUGUAUCUCCCUGAGGACCGGCCUGUUGGGCGGGCUUUACCCCGAUGAGGAGAGCUGAAAGUCGGCUGAUAUUAGACGGUUGUUCGGUGGUGACACCCCCAGCUCUCUGACGGGGCCUGAGCUCACAUUCACGGUCAAUCUGCAGCUCACACACCGCGGUUAACCGGUGGUUAUUACCGUUAAAGCCGGACUCAUUAACAGUGUUAUUACCGUUAAAACCGGGACGGGACUCAGUGUUGGACCGGGACAUGCUGCAGGGACUCUAAGGGUUUAAAGAGACCCUGAUCCGGGUCUUCUUCUGUCUGGAACUGAAAUUCAGGACUUUGGAUCCACAAUGGGAUCAGCAACCAAACUGGCCUUCAGUGUUUUCCUCAUCUCCUGCUCCUCGGGUGCGAUCCUGGGCCGCUCAGACACGGAGAAGUGUGUCCUCUACAACUACAACCCUCUGUCGGCAUCGGAGGGUCGGGGGAACGCCAGCGGCGUGAUCACCUGUUCUGGAGAGAAAGACAAGAGAGUCCACUGCUUCGCCACCUGGAAGAACGUAUCCGGAGUGGUCCAGGUGGUCAAACAGGGCUGCUGGUUGGACGACGUCAACUGUUAUGACAGGAAUGAGUGUGUGGAGAAGAAAGAUGCUCCUGAAGUCUUCUUCUGCUGCUGUGAAGGAAGUCUGUGUAAUGACAAGUUCUUCUACAGUCCAGACAAGCCGACCAUACUCACAACCAACAAACCGGUGACAUCAAAGCCUCCAAGUCCGGUGCUGACCACUCUGAUGUACUCACUGGUUCCCAUCAUGGCUGUCACCGCCAUCGUCCUCUUCUCCUUCUGGAUGUACCGACACCACAAACUGGCCUACCCACCUGUCCUGGUGCCCACACAGCACGCCUUUCAUAUAAUGAUCGAGGACCCCGGACCCCUGCCCCCCUCCCCCAUCCUGGGCCAGAAGCCACUGCAGUUACUGGAGAUCAAAGCCAGGGGGCGCUUCGGCUGCGUGUGGAAGGCUCAGCUGCUCGGAGAAUACGUUGCUGUCAAAAUCUUCCCCAUCCAGGACAAGCAGUCGUGGCAGAACGAGUACGAGAUCUUCAACCUGAGCGGGAUGAGACACGAGAACCUGCUGCAGUUCCUCGGAGCCGAGAAGAGAGGAAGCAACCUGGACGUGGAGCUGUGGCUCAUCACCUCCUACCACGAGAAGGGCUCUCUGACCGACUACCUGAAGGCCAACGUCCUUUCCUGGUCUGAACUGUGUCUCAUCGCUCAGUCUAUGUCUCGAGGUCUCGCCUACCUGCACGAAGACAUACCUGGACACAAGGACGGACACAAACCGGCCAUCGCACACAGGGACUUUAAGAGUAAGAACGUCCUGCUGAAGUCCAACCUCACUGCCUGCAUCGCUGACUUCGGCCUCGCUCUCAGGUUUGAGGCGGGAAAAUCUCCUGGAGACACACACGGACAGGUGGGGACCAGGAGGUACAUGGCCCCGGAGGUCCUGGAGGGGGCCAUUAACUUCCAGAGAGACGCCUUCCUGAGGAUAGACAUGUACGCUCUGGGUCUGGUUCUGUGGGAGCUUGCCGCGCGCUGCAAAGCUGCAGACGGUCCAGUGGACGAGUACAUGCUGCCGUUUGAAGAGGAGGUGGGUCAACAUCCGUCUCUGGAGGACAUGCAGGAGGUGGUGGUCCACAAGAAACUGAGGCCGACGCUCAGAGAGUGCUGGCAGAAACACGCUGGUCUGGCGGUCCUCUGCGAGACCAUCGAGGAGUGCUGGGAUCAUGAGGCCGAAGCGCGGCUGUCGGCCGGCUGCGUCGAGGAGCGCGUCGUUCAGAUGCAGCGGCAGACGAACGUCUCUGCACCCGAGGACAUCGUCACAGUUGUCACCAUGGUAACCAACGUGGACUACCCGCCUAAAGAGUCGAGCCUAUGACCGGGACCAAUCAGGACAGAGCAGGGACUCUCUCAGUGAGCGAUUUCUGUCUCUGAUUCAGGCGGCCUGCGGCUGGGUCAGGUGACCCGGCGAGGACAAUAUGGCGGGGUGAGCUCCGGAGAUCUCCACCCUGUGACAUCAGUUCCUGUUUUAUAUUCCAAAAUAAAAGACUUUUUGUACGAUAAUGAGGACAAACAGUCUGUUUCAGUAGUUUUUGAUGCCAAUAAGAAACAGCUUCUGAAUGUGAGUGUCACUGCUGUACAUACUGGUCAUUGUACUAUAAUAUAUACUGAUCAUUGUUAUAUCUAUACUGAUUAUUGUUGAAUAUAUUCACUGAUAUAUCGACACUGAGAGGCAGACCGAACACACAACAAACAUCUGAGGAGAAACUGAGACAAACAUUCAGAUCAAAGAAAUAAAGUGAAAUAUAGAUAGAUAAAUAUUAAAUGCUAAAAGCUCUGAUGAGUUAUUUUUUAGCAUUAAUGAUAAUUAUUAGUAAGCAUUUAGCAUUAAGGGCUAAUGUGGAGCUAUUCUGGAACAUGUUUUACAGAUCUAAUUGUUUGUUUGUGACAUCAACAACAACAUAACACUAGGAGUCAUAAACUCAUAAACAGGAAGUGCUGAAGCAUUUAAAGUUAAUUAUUUAUUGAUUUAUUGAUAAUAUAAUGAGGAUAUUAAUCAGUAAUGUAAAUCUAUUGGUUCACUUUAUUUCUUUGAAUGACAAUCAGAACUCGUUUUUAUAAACUCGUUACUCCUGGUUACUGAUCAGCUGAUCAAUAACACUAAUAGGUGAUCAGAUCAAGCAGGAAAUCAAAGUGUGUGUCUCCAGGUUGAAUGUGAACAUUAGAACCCUGCAGCAUGUUGUUUAUUGUUGUUUAUUUGUUGUUUCUUUUAAUGUCAUUAACUCUCCGUUGGUUCCUCUGAUUGUACGGAGCCUCAAAACUGAAAAAAAAUAUCACUUUAGAUUCUUUAAUUUAUUUAUUGACAACACGGACGUGAAAUCAGUGAAUGAAUAAAAGAAUUUUUUUUUUUUUUAAGUUUGUAAAGAAACGAGUUGUUUUGGGAUGAAAUAUAAAAGUAUAAAAUAAAUAGUUUGAUGGGCAUUAUUAACUAAUUUGAGAUAAAAUUAAUAAUCAGAAUAAUUUAUGGAUAAAAUAUUUCUGUCGGCUUCGGGGCUCCGUAUGUUUGACGGAUUUAAAAAACGUCUCAGGGAAGAUUUUAUAUUUCGAUUUUAGGCCAAAAACUUGUUUUUUGUUUUAUUUUCUGCUCAAACAAACUUCACUCAUUACCCAACAGCCCUUUCUCGUUACCCAGCAGCCCUUUCUGGUUACCCAGCAGCCCUUUCUCUCUGCUGUUAAAGUUCAGAUGUUCUGAUGUCAUGUGACCUCUGACCCUUUAAAGUGGCCUCCAUCAGGCUGACUGGUUUGUUGUCUCGUACAAACCAUAAACCAGACGUCAGAAUCUACAAUCAGCAUCCAGACUGACCACCAGACUGACCACCAGACUGACCACCAGAGACCACCAGACUGACCACCAGAGACCACCAGACUGACCACCAGACUGACCACCAGACUGACCACCAGAGACCACCAGACUGACCACCAGACUGACCACCAGACUGACCACCAGAGACCACCAGACUCACCACCAGACUGACCACCAGACUGACCACCAGAGACCACCAGACUGACCACCAGACUGACCACCAGAGACCACCAGACUGACCACCAGACUGACCACCAGACUGACCACCAGACUCACCACCAGACUCACCACCAGACUCACCACCAGACUGACCACCAGACUGACCACCAGACUGACCACCAGACUGACCACCAGACUCACCACCAGACUGACCACCAGACUGACCACCAGAGACCACCAGACUGACCACCAGAGACCACCAGACUGACCACCAGACUGACCACCAGACUGACCACCAGAGACCACCAGACUGACCACCAGACUCACCACCAGACUCACCACCAGACUCACGACCAGACUGACCACCAGAGACCACCAGACUGACCACCAGACUCACCACCAGACUCACCACCAGACUCACGACCAGACUGACCACCAGAGACCACCAGACUGACCACCAGACUGACCACCAGACUCACCACCAGACUGACCACCAGACUCACCACCAGACUCACCACCAGACUGACCACCAGACUGACCACCAGACUCACCACCAGACUGACCACCAGACUCCACCAGACUCACCACCAGAGACCACCAGACUGACCACCAGAGACCCCACCAGACUGACCACCAGACUGACCACCAGAGACCCCACCAGACUGACCACCAGACUCCACCAGACUGACCACCAGAGACCACCAGACUCCACCAGACUGACCACCAGAGACCACCAGACUCCACCAGACUCACCACCAGAGACCCCACCAGACUGACCACCAGAGACUACCAGAGACCACCAGACUGACCACCAGAGACCCCACCAGACUCCACCAGACUGACCACCAGACUGACCACCAGAGACCACCAGACUGACCACCAGACUGACCACCAGAGACUACCAGAGACCACCAGACUGACCACCAGAGACCACCAGAGACCACCAGACUGACCACCAGAGACCCCACCAGACUGACCACCAGAGACCACCAGACUGACCACCAGACUGACCACCAGAGACCACCAGAGACCACCAGACUGACCACCAGACUGACCACCAGAGACCACCAGACUGACCACCAGAGACCACCAGACUGACCACCAGACUGACCACCAGAGACCACCAGACUGACCACCAGAGACCCCACCAGACUGACCACCAGACUGACCACCAGACCCCACCAGACUGACCACCAGACUCACCACCAGAGACCCCACCAGACUGACCACCAGAGACCACCAGAGACCACCAGACUGACCACCAGAGACCCCACCAGACUCCACCAGACUGACCACCAGAGACCACCAGACUGACCACCAGAGACCACCAGACUGACCACCAGACUGACCACCAGAGACCACCAGAGACCACCAGAGACCACCAGACUGACCACCAGAGACCCCACCAGACUGACCACCAGACUGACCACCAGACUGACCACCAGAGACCCCACCAGACUGACCACCAGACUGACCACCAGACUGACCACCAGAGACCCCACCAGAGACCACCAGACUGACCACCAGACUGACCACCAGACUCCACCAGACUGACCACCAGAGACCAGAGACCAGGUUAGACUGGCUCCAGGUCAGACAGUCUGCUUCCUCUGUCAGUGUUGUAGUUCAGCUCUUUAUUAUGAAAGGUAUGAAUAAUAAUGUGGUUAUUAAUAAUGAGUUAUUGAUAUUUGAAUGAUGGUGCACAGGUUGUAAAUAUGAAUGUUGUGAUUUCAGCAUGAGUUUGUUUUUUAAGGACAGAACUGGUUUAUAAUGUUAAUAUGAUAAACAGAUUGUUUAUUUUAUAUGAUGAUGUACAAAUGAAAAACAAUCUGGGUUCAUUGUUUUAUGUUGAAAAGUCAGAACACUUCCUGUGGAGGUGUGUGUGUGUGUGUGUGUGUGUGUGUGUGUGUGUGUGUGUGUGUGUGUGUGUGUGUGUGUGUGUGUGUGUGUGUGUGUGUGUGUGUGUGUGUGUUACCUCAGAUGUUCCUGCUGGUGCUCACCUCUCUCAUCAUGACAUCAUCAUGAUGUCAUCACGUCCUCUGGUGUUGAUCAGUGCGACGACACAAAUCUGACCUUCAACUUCCUGUUUUUAUUGUCUUUGUUAAAAACCGACAGAAAGUGAAACAAUGAGGUUUUAUUUCGUUAUUUCUGAGGAAAAUAUUGUAACGAGAAAAGUAAUCCGAGACGUUUUCGAGUGUGAAUGCAGAUAAUUCUGUUCCUCUUUGUUCUGUGAAUAAAAAAUUCAGACAUGAA